AUGCAGCAACACGCCUGGCUACGUCCGGCUUCGAUUACGAACCCGAACGCAAGCCUCUCAAGCUCCUGGGAGCGAAAACUAUUCAUGUCGGUGUUUGUCGCCGUUGAAUUCCCAGAUCAGGAAAUCGUUAAUUUUUUAAAACAAUAUGGACAACUCAAGUCGGAAAAUUUACGCCGCCUCUGUUACAACGAGGAGGGAUUUCGAAACAUCGAGCGUGGCAUAAGCGUGGCGGAAUUUACUUCGCUGGAUCGGGACCUCCCCCGGAAAGUGGUGACCCAGGGGCUAGAAAUUUUUUUCAAGUAUACUGGACAGCCGAUAACGUGUUAUCGAUGCGGUUCAACCGAACAUGUGGUGAAAAACUGCCCGGAGCAGCGUUCUCGCUUCAGCCACAUACGCGUGGAGGAUCGCGUUCUCACUGACCCUCCUAACCCUACUACUCAAGCCUCGGAGACUUCUCAAAUGGAAACGACUGACGAAACCACAUAUGACAUCCCCCCGGCUGAAACCUCCGCGGAAGAUUCUCCGCUAACACAGAGCUUCGCCUCAAUAACGGCUUCGACCCCGGAACUCCCGCUCGCUUAG